CGGCCGGGGCGGCGGUGGCCGCGAGCGGGGACCCCGCGGCAGGGCGGCAGCUCGGCCGCGCCCGCGGCUCCUCCGCGCUGCUGGCGCCGCAGAGGGAAGAGCUGUGAACUCGCACAUCUUCGAGGGGAAAAUGCCUUUCCCCGCCCGGCCUGGCAGUAUUUCCCGCAGAGCAGCUGUUCCGCUGCAGGCGUAGCGAGCGCGCAGUACAGAGCGGUGUCGCGAAAGGCAGAGUUGCCUUCUAGUGCCUUUCCUCUUAGUUCCUCCUGAUUUCCUGCUUCUUAUGCAAUGCACUAAAGAGUGGUUGAUUAUUUCUGGUUGACUUGUACGCAUAUUUAAAGCGUACGAAGGAAUAUGUGGGCGGUGUAUAAAUGCUUUGAGUUUGUUUUAAGAAGUUAGUGUUCACCUUUAAAUAAACUUGAGUGGCGCAGAAAUACAGACCCUUCCAUUGCUCUGGAUGUGGAGUUUGAAGUAGUGUCCUCUGGAGGAAAGCAAGAAUUUUCAGAAGUUUUCUCUUUUAGCUGUCUGAUUUCUCUGUGCUCUGAUGCUGAGAGAAGGGAGUAAAAGAACACAAUUGAUCUGUUAUUAACUAUAUGUCCUUGCUUUGUCCCAUUUUGCAAACUUGCAAAGUGAUUAUGUCCCUAGGUCCAUCUUCAGGUUUGGGAAAGUUGUCCCGGAUCUGUGGUUAAUGUGGCCACGUUCUAAAAAGCUUUGGAAUUAUGGAAACAUUUAGAAAUUGCAGUAAGCUGCAUCCUGUGGGUUUGUGUACCAGAAGAUGUGUCUGUUCCUUGCUUUAGGUUUGCUGUAAAAUCGAAUGUGAAAAUUACUCUUAAAAGCACCUCUUUAAUGCCUGGAACUUGGAAUUGACACUCAGUUAAUGUUUAUGUUGACACAGUGAAGGUGAAAAGUGGGGUUGAAAAUGUAGGCUAACCUUGUUUUGAAGUUGAUUUUGACUUUUUGAAAUGGAAACAGCUUUCUGUUCUUUGCCUGUCAGGUACAUUGUUCAGUAAAAAUGCUUGACAUUCCAAUUGUCUUGCAAAAUUAAAUUUUGUAUUUAUUCUGUUUUAGACACGGGUGCUGCUGAAGGACUGAAUACAGGUCUUUGUGUUGGAUAGGCAGAUAUGGCCAUAGAAAUGUCUGGCUUGUAAUAUAUGUGUGUUUGCCUGAGAACUCAGAGGUGAAAACCUAAAUAAUAAUUUUUGCAAGCAGCCUUUAAUUUCAUUAAUAAACCGAUUUCAUGCUUUCUGUGUCCUUUGGUCCCACCCCUGCUGCCACCCUAUUUUUUAGGUAUUUGGGACAGACCUGAGUCUCUGUUUAGCUGUACCAUAAAUUUUUAUAAAUGGUGAUUUUUAACAGGUUUCUUAACACUGUUGUAGUUGAUAUUCCAGAGCCUAGCAGCUAAGGCAGCUUGGUAUUAAUGAGAAACUCUGAAAAUUAUGUAUUCUUCUAGGAAAAAGGAAUGAAAACACUGAUGUUUCAUCUGUGGUGCAAUGAUGUUCUUCAAACACAAACUUAAGUAGGUUUAACCUGGUGUUCUGGAAUGGAAAUUUGUUCAUUAGGUGUGGUGAAAGAGGACUGGGUUUGAGUGAUGUGUUCCUUUUUCUGUGGUAUCAUAACUUGCCUGUUGAGAUACUUAAAAAUAUAAAAGGCAUUGUAGAGUACUAAAGUCCAGUGGCUCCAGUAGGAGAGCAGAACCUCCUGGCAAUCCUGCAUCCCGAUAUUCUUUGGUUUACCUGAUUCUGCCAGUCUUUAGAGCCAGCCCAGCCAAGAGCUUCAACUGGUUUGGACUUCUAUGUCAGCAGAAUGGUUUACCAUGUUCCUUUACUGGGGAUUCCUUGUUGCUGGUGAUGGGUGAGCCUGACAAAAUACACCUUUACUUGCACAUCAUAGGCUCCUCUUUAGCCCAUUGUGCUGAAGACCAGAGGUUCUGCCUGAUCAGGAGUCUUUGUUAGCAGUUCAAGUUAGCUGAAGAAUGGAAGGGGUUGAGUUUAAGGAAGAGUGGCAAGAUGAAGAUUUUCCAAGGCCCCUGCCAGAGGAUGAUCCUAUUGAGUCUGAUGCAUUGGCUGCAGCUGGAGCAGAAAGUGAACCUGAUACAGAGGGUAAUGGAACCAAAUUGAGGAAGAAACUAAUGGCUCCAAAUAUUAGCUUAACCUUGGAUCCCAGUGAGGAAUCUGUUUUGUCUGAUGAGUUGGAUGAGAGUGGAGAGAUUGAUUUGGAUGAUUUAGAUACUCCUUCAGAAAAUAGCAAUGAAUUUGAAUGGGAAGAUGAUCUUCCAAAACCAAAAACUACUGAUGUCAUUAGGAAGGGCUCACUGGCUGAGUACACUGUGGCAGAGGAGAAGGAUGAUGGUCGACGCUGGCGGAUGUUUAGGAUCGGAGAGCAGGACCAUAGGGUGGACAUGAAGGCAAUUGAACCAUACAAAAAAGUUAUCAGUCAUGGUGGUUAUUAUGGUGAUGGGUUAAAUGCCAUUGUUGUGUUUGCUGUUUGCUUCAUGCCUGAGAGCAGCCAGCCUAACUACAGAUACCUAAUGGACAAUCUAUUUAAGUAUGUAAUUGGCACUUUAGAGCUUUUAGUAGCAGAGAACUAUAUGAUAGUUUACCUGAAUGGUGCAACAACACGGAGAAAAAUGCCGAGUUUAGGCUGGCUUAGGAAAUGUUACCAGCAAAUUGAUAGAAGGUUAAGGAAAAAUCUGAAAUCGUUGAUCAUAGUUCAUCCUUCCUGGUUUAUCAGAACACUCCUGGCCAUCACAAAACCUUUUAUUAGCUCAAAAUUCAGCCAAAAAAUUAGGUAUGUCUUUACCCUGGCAGAACUAGCUGAACUCAUCCCCAUGGAAUACGUUGGCAUCCCAGAAUGCAUAAAACAGUAUGAAGAAGAAAAGUUUAGAAAGAAACAGAAAAGAGUUGACCAAGAGCUGAAUGGAAAGCAAGAGCAGAGAACUGAACAGUAAGUGUGGAGUCCAAACAAGGCUGAAGAAUACGUGGAUGGAACAAUUCUGUUUAUGCUCCAUUACAGUGCAUUCUCUGUGUGUAUGUAUUAUAUAAUCUGUUGCAAAAGGUGCUUUGGACUAGCACACACUGAACUGCUUACUGCUGUAUUGGUUUGUCUUGACUUUAAUUGCUGUUUAUGUAAUCGUUUUAUACUCUGAAUGGCAAAGAACCCUAUGUUUUCAGGGGAUGUUCUUGCAACUGUUUAUCUAAAUGAUGCAUGUUCUUCAGUAAAAUAUUUAUAUACCUAAAUGUUAAAGGAAAGAGAUAAUAUAUAUAUUUUUAUGACUGAGCAAUAUAUUGUGUGUACCUGCUGAAGGAAUUCAUUUGCAGGUAGACAAGGCCAUAAGUUACUUGUUGUUAUUGUAUAAAUCUGUUUUGCUGUAAAUGGUCAAGUGCAUUUCUUUGUUGUUGUGAAAACUUGUGUGGAUAUUAACAAUCAUUAACUUGACUUUCACAAAUA